AUGCCGCCGCCGCCGCUCCCCCCGCCGCAGGGGCCGCCGCCGCCCACGCCGUCCGCGCGUCCGCCGACGCCAGCGCGCGAGCGGCCAGCAGACCCCGGCGCGACGGAAGAGCUCGUGUCGACGCGCCGCACGUCGGUCCGCUCGGCGCGCCACUCGAGAGCGGCAAUCUACGUCCAGCAGCAGGCGCAGUACGAAACCGACCGGCAGGCGACCACGCCGAGCCCCGUGUCGUCGGUCGCGCCGAGCGUGUCCACGUCCUCGUCGAGAAGAGUGCCCUUUCCCGAGUCGGCAGCAGCGGCUAGAGCAACGGCUACCCCAUCAUCGGUGGAGCACGAACCCCCAGCGCCGUCGAGCAUCGGACACGCAUCGAGUAUCGGCCACGCCCCAUCAUCGAGCUUUGGCCACAAGCCGACAUCGAGCUUUGGCCACGACUCUGGCGCCGCGCCGGCCGCCUUUGGGCAGGACGGGCCGUCGGCAACAUUCACCCCGUUGGAUCACGGGCCGAAACCCACCCCGCAGGCAGGCUCGACGUCGACGGCAUCGACAUAUCCCUCUGUUCCCAUCGCGCCACUGCCCGACUCGCUAUUGUGCCGGACUACCUUUAACGCCGUGGAGCACUCGGCGACAACGCUCAGGCGGUUAACAAAGACGGUACUCACGGCAUCGUCCACGGUUGUUGCGCUGCAUACACAGCUCGCAGCGGCCGAGGAUGACCUGCUAGUCGCUUUGGGCGAGCUCGGACGCUGGCUGGAAGGAGGGUACGGCGUCCGUGGAGACGUGUGGGAUGCCGAUGGUGGCAUCCGCAAGGUCGCGCGCGAGAAGCGGACACGUGAGAGGGAGGAGCUCGAGGUCAUGGUCGAACACAGCGUGCAGGCCGUCAAAGGCGAGAUCAAGCGCCAGGGCCUCGCGGGCGCUGGAGCGCAGCAAAAGUUCGAGGGAGUCGCGAAGCAGUUCUACGCGCAGACAGCGACGUACCUCGGCGAAGCGACGAGUUCGACCCCUGACCCAGCAUCAGACCUCGCGCAGGCGGCCCGGACGGCCCAGUUCGACCUCGUGCGGUACAACCAUCACUCGACGCUGCUGUACGCCGUGCCGCCUAGCUCGGUCGGCUGCCUCGAUCUGCUGGUGGGGCUCUACGCUUGGGUUGGAGCGCAGCUGUCGUCCGUGCCUGGUCGACGGGCCGACACACACGCUCAAAAGUUGACCAACGAUUUUGCGUCGCGCUUGAACCUGGGCGACGAUACGCCGACCCAGCGCGGACGGGCGCUGGCCGUUAGCGAGACGCCAGUGCCUAUCCUCUCGCGUGACGAUGCGGGCGCUCGAGGCAAUGUCGACGUGCUGGCGCGUGACUUGGCCCUGAGCCUUGCUCACUUGGUCCAGGUUCGAGGCGACUUGCUCGCUGGCUGGGCUGCGCGUGACCACCAGACUACGCUGUUGGAGGAGAACGCCAGAAGACUGGCCGACCAGGUGCCCGACACCGCCGGCUCAGUCAGGCACAUGUCGAUCGCGGACGAGCCUCCAGCGACGACGCCGCUUGCCGCUGCCGCCGCCGCCGUCGUCGGCAAGGAGAAGGGGGGUCGUCGGCACAAGAUCCAGAGUGCUGUUGGUGGCCGUAUUCGUGGCCUGUUCUCCUCGUCGUCGGCCGCGUCGUUACCUACGCUCGCGGAGCGUGCGCCACCAGUGUCGUCAAACUCGAUCCCACCGCCAAACUACAGAAAGAGUAUGGACGCGAGGCUGGAAGCUGCGUCGUCGGCGGCACCUGCGCGCGGUGUCGUGCACGUGUCGUUACCCCAGGCUGUGCCGCCUGUCCCAUCCUUACCGCCGGGGGCUGCCAGACCCCGGCUGCCGCCAAACUCUGCGCCCACAAGACCAGCACGUCCUGGAACAGCGCCGGAGCCAAGACCGUUUGGCAAGACAGGAAGACACUCGCUCCAAGUGUCGCCGUUUUCGUACACUGAGCAACCGCUCACUCGUACCAAGUCGAGCCAUGGGAGGUCGCAGUCGACCAACAGCGCAAUCACCAAGGCCCGGUCGUCGGCGCUAGCGGAGACCACGGCCAAGCUCAUGGGCACGGCCGCGGGUAGCGGCAGCCCUUCACUCGGUGGAGUCGGCGGCAUUGACGGCACCGGUGACGAAGAUGAUGCGCGCGCCGAGGUCGGCAGAGUCAGAGAGGGCGUGCUGUGGGGCACUGGAACCUGGGAGGAGCUCGACAAGGCCGGUGGUCGAGGCCGCUGGGAUCGCCUCUUUGUUGUCCUUGCCCACUCCAACAUCUACGAGUACCGCGAAGCCAACGCUGGCAAGACCGAGUCGGCCGCGACCGUCAUCGACCUCAAGUUUGCGAGUGUGCGCGAGGGCCGCGGAACAGAUCGCCGCUUCGCUUUUGAGAUCGUCACGCCGUCGCAUGGCCGGCGGCUGUAUCAGGCGACGUCCGAGGCCGAGAUGAAGACGUGGAUCUACGCCAUCUGCAACGCGAUCGAGUCGUGCAUCAACGGCACUGCCACCUUGCGCGCAAGCGACAAGCCUUACCCGACCAACGUCCUUGACGAGUACAUCAAGGCGGCGCCGCCGACGCCCAAGCCUGGGUUCUUGAACAAGUCGGCCAAACACACGUCGAUGCCGGCGAGCUCGGCGUUACGCGAGGCUGAAGCACAGAGAGCACGACGAACGAGCUUCAAAAACAAGCUCAAGCAGUCUGCCGAGUCGGCGGGAGACAAACUGCGCCCAGUGACACGCAACUCGCUUGGCGCAGACAUGUCGAGACCGGCGUUCUUUGCGCAGGGCGGGAGAAUGCCGAGUUAUGGCAGCACGGGUAGUGCGUCGGGACUUGUAACAGCUCCUCUGUCCGGUGCCGGUGGCCACCACGGUGGCGGCGACACGUCUUCGAUCGGAAGCCACCACAGGUCUUCUUGGUACGAGGACGACGGGGAGAUUGAGAAGAGAGUGCUGGAGAUGGCUGGGCUUGGCGGAGUAGGCGCGGCUCAGGAGACGCUGAUCGACGAGCGGCGGCAAUCGGUUGAUGCGAGGGCAAGAACUAGUGCCAUCCCUCCGUCGUCUACGCCUCCGGCUGCCAUCGGCCCGCCGGCAAACCCUGGCCCUUUGCAGGAGCUGCAGAGGGACGACCCGGGCGUUGUGGUCGACAUGGCGCUGUUGCGGCGGAUCGCCGACACGGGCGCGAACCGCCGAUGUGCCGACUGCGGCAAGGGCAUGAAGAGUAGUCGCUGGGCGACGCAGAGUGAGUUGACCUUCCGGGGUCAAGGACCCAGUGCUGAUGCUCCAGGCCUGCGCGACUUCCCCAUGGUCAUGUUCCUGUGUAUCCGCUGCUGCGGCCUGCACCGUGGGCUGGGGACGCACAUUUCCAAGCCGCGGUCGGUCGACCUGGACAACUGGACACCCGAGUCGAUCCUACUCGCAAGGGAGUGGGGCAACGAGCGGGGUAACGCGGUUUGGGAGCGGCGCAAGCCGGUGGGGCAUGUGGCGACGGACGACGACAUCGCCGCAUACAUCCAGGCCAAGUAUGUCGAGGGGCGAUGGCUCGCGCCGAGCAACCGCGCGGCAUUUGGGUUUACGCCGAGCGGCACUGGCAGCGCGACGACGAGCGCUACGCCGUCGCCUCAGAUUGGGCGGGCGUUCUAGGGACGACGAGCAUGAAUGGAUGACUACUGCAUGACUAGUUUUAGUAAGGCCUGGUGCCGUCUAGGGAUGCUGGGAUGCAUGGGA